UUAGCUCUUUGCUAAUAGAGAUCAAGUAGACAUCGAGAUUCGAAAAAUUUGUUGUUUGUCAUUUGAGAUUUGAGAAUAAUACGAAAUUUUGAAGCAAAGAUUCCCCAUUUACUCUCUUCUAGUUCUACUCCUCCAUUUGCUGAUCGAUUCCACAUUCCGUACGACUCAUAUGCCCUGCCGUAAUCGCAUACUCUCUUCCAUCGCUCAAAAUCCCAACUCCCCAUUGAAGCGUUUCUCUUACUUCUUCUCCCACAAUCCCAAAUAUUUCAGCCGAUUUUUCUUCCAAGACCCACCAAUGCCUCCGUCUUCUGUAAAAAUCGUCGCGGAGUAUGCCAAGUCGAAUCGGUCUACGUGCAAGACCUGUUCCAAAAAGAUUGCUGCCAAGGCUCUGAGGCUGGGUUUCGUGAGCCGAGACGAGCGGGGGUUCGAUAUGACCCGAUGGGUUCACUCCGAUUGCGCUUCGUUUGGUUCAGAGCCUGUUAGUUCCGCCGAGGCGAUUAAUGGGUUCGCUCUCUUGGAGGGUUGUGAUCAGGAAGCUCUGAAAAAACUGAUUAGCAGAAGCCAUGAAUCUAAGGGAAAGGAUGAUGUUAAGAAUGAGACAGAAGGAAGCGAGUUAAUUGCCAAGGGUUCCAGGGUUCGCCGAAGGGAUGAGGACGAAGAAGAUGGAGUAGACGAAAAAGAUCAAAAGAAAGUCAAGCCAAAGUUAGAUAUCGUCCUUACGACUUCCGACAUAAAGACCAAAUAUAAGGAUGCUACACUCUUACCUAAAUGGAAGGCAUUCCAGACACUCAUCUUUCUUGAACAGGAUGAAGGGCUACAUCAUUCAAGUAAAAUAGCUGCAUUUGAUUUUGAUGGCUGUCUGGCAAACACAUCUGUUAAAAGAGUAGGUGCUGAGGCGUGGUCUCUGAUGCACCCUUCAAUACCACAAAAACUACAUAGCUUGUACAGCGAUGGCUACAAGCUGGUAAUAUUUACGAACGAAUCGAACAUCGAGAGAUGGAAGAAUAAGAGGCAGGUUGCUGUGGACUCCAAACUUGGGCGUCUCAAUAAUUUUAUCCGUCAGGUCGAGGUCCCAAUUCAGGUGUUUAUUGCAUGCGGAAUUGGAAAUGGAUCGAAGUCGAAGUUGGAGGGUGGAGUAGAAGACCCGUUUAGAAAACCGAAACCUGGGAUGUGGCACAUCAUGGCGCAGCACUUCAACUCCGGCAUCCCCAUUGAUAUGGAGCAAUGUUUUUACGUGGGGGAUGCAGCUGGUAGACCCAACGAUCACAGUGAUGCUGAUCUCAACUUUGCUCAGGCCGUUGGGUUGAAAUUUUAUGUUCCUGAAGAAUAUUUUGGUGAGUGAUUAUUUAAUUUCCCAAUCACCAGCCAAAAGAAAGGCUGUGUGGCAUUGUAAUUAUUUUCUUGAUAGCUGCUGCUGUACCUCAUUUUCAACUUUACUUCACUGCUAUUAGUAAUUAGUAAUUAGUAUUA